AUGGCAGGUAUGCGGAGUUCUGGGUGUCUACUCUGUGUCCAGCGUCGCGUGAAGUGUGAUGAGCGACUUCCAGGCUGUGCGCGGUGUGAGAAAUAUGGAAAGCAAUGCCCCGGCUAUGUCAGGAACUUCAAGUUCAAAACUGGAAAGCCUUAUCGUUCUCGACGCGUACCUCCAACAAAUGUCUCUGGUUCUGUACUGAGCGCGUCUAACAGAAAAACCUAUGAGGCAGACAGGGGAUCAGUGACAGAGAGUACGCCGGUGUCCACGCUGUCUUCUCCAACGAUUAAUGUCCUCCAAGGGCUUUCAUCGGUAGUCGAUGACCUCUCUCAGGGCUACUCAUCGACUUCAAUCCAUAUUGUUUCCAGAUGGUUCAGCAGUCUCCCAUUUAUCUAUGGACGGAACAAAACCCUGGAUGCAACUGUUCGAUGCUUUACAGCACACCAUAUUUCGAAGGUGUUGCAGAAUGCGCAGAUCGCGCGGUAUUCUAGGUUUGCGUACAUUGAGGCUCUGAGCAGACUUCGAAAGUCUCUAAACGCCCCUUCUGAGCGUCUGUCUUCUGAUAUCUUCUGCGCGGUGCUACUUCUGUGCUUGUACGAGCUGUUUGCAAAUACUCAAGAUCCAGUUACAUGGAUGAAACAUGCAAAGGCAGUGAGCCAGCUGGCGGAGAUUCGUGGGCCGAACUCUUACAAGGACCCAUUCAAUAAUACAUUACUCAAAGCUGCACGAGGAUUGAUUGUAAUGCACUCUCUCUUCUCCGGGGAAAGAUGCUUCCUAGCCUCAGAAAGCUGGCAUGCCAUAAUGCGGCAGCGCAUCAACUCAUUCUACUCCGAAGAGCUGGAAGAUUCGCUAGAGGAAUUCGUGGCUCUAUUCACACUGGCGCCAAGCCUUGUUCACGCGCUCUAUGAUAUCAAAGCAUCAGAUAUGACGAGUCCUGCAACCUGGAAGAAGCUGUCCGAAACCCUAACCCGAAUUCUUGAGAUGCAGACCAGACUGUCAAAAUGGUAUAGUCGCUUUUCCCGAAUGGCACCACCCCCAUACGAAAGGCUAUCAUCGACCGAAGACGCUGUAUAUCCUAUCGUUGUGCACUACUCUGAUCUGAAUAUCGCCUCAAUAUUCAUUUCCUAUUACGCAUACAUGGCUAUCAUGCACGAGGCCUUACGGACCCUUGGUUAUCCUGGUACACAUGAAGCUAUGGUCGCCUUUUUUCGAGAUCAGAUUUGCAAGUCAGUGGAAUACAACGGUACCGGUCCACUAGGGCCGUACAGAAUGGGAUUUCCGCUGCGUGUGGCAUACGAGGUGGCAGACCCCAAAACCAAAUCAUGGAUAGAGAACCAUUUGGUGCAAAUGUCGCAGCAUUAUGCAGCUGUACAACCUAAGAAUUUUGCGGCGGCUCUUGAUUGA